CAGCCAGUACAGGAGGAAAGGAAGGCGUUUUUCAUCGUCAGAAUGGGCUUCUUUCCCUUCUUCUCCCUCGAAACUUGGGCACUCACAGUCAUCCUCUCGGUCCUUCUUCUGCUCUACGGAAUCUGGCCCUUCAAUUUCUUUAAGAAGCUGGGGAUCCCUGGGCCCAGGCCUCUGCCCUUUGUUGGGACUUUCCUCGAAUACCGACAUGGGAUUAUUGAGUUUGAUGUGAAGUGCCAUCAGAAGUAUGGCAAAAUCUGGGGAAUUUUUGAUGGCCGACAGCCAGUUCUGGCUGUCCUCGAUCCUACCAUGAUCAAGACCAUCUUAGUGAAAGAAUUCUACACCCAUUUCACCAAUCACCGUAACUAUGGUUUGAAUGGACACUUAGAAGCAUCGGUAUUCUCGGCCCCAGAUGACAAGUGGAAGAGGAUUCGCACAGUCCUGUCUCCCACUUUCACCAGCGGGAGACUGAAGGAAAUGAUGCCUAUAAUCCUCCAUUAUGGGGAACUCUUGGUGAGGAACAUCCAGAAGAGAGUGGAGAACAAUGAACUCAUAGACACAAAAGCUAUUUUUGGGGCCUACAGUAUGGACGUGACAUCCAGCACUGCCUUCAGCAUUGACGUAGACACUAUAAACAACCCUGGUGAUCCUUUUGUCAAGAAGGUCCAGAAGCUAUGCACGUCAAGUCUUGUAAAUCCACUGCUAAUCUUGACUGCUGUGUUUCCAUUCCUCGUACCAUUGUUGGAGAAACUAAACUUCACCAUCCUAUCUUCUUCUGUGAUGAAUUUCUUCAUGUCCAUAGUGAAAAAAAUCAAACACCAGCGGCAAAUGAGUAAGCAUAUGGGGCGGGUUGACUUUCUGCAGCUAAUGGUGGACUCCCAGAUUUCAGGAGACAUCUCUGAUGGGGCAAAUUCAUAUAAAGCUCUGACUGACGAGGAGGUUUUGGCACAGGCCAUUCUUUUUAUUAUUGCUGGUUUUGAAUCCACUAGCAAUGCCCUUACCUACCUGUGUUACUCUCUGGCCACCCACCCCGAUGUCCAGCAGAAGCUACAGGAGGAAAUUGACAACCAGGCUCCUCCCACCUAUGAUGCAAUUCUUCAGAUGGAGUAUCUUGACAUGGUGGUCAAUGAAACCCUCAGGCUGUACCCUCCAGGCGUGAGGAUUGAUAGGGUCUGCCGAAACACCGUAGAUAUCCAUGGGGUGACCAUCCCCAAAGGAACUGUGGUCGUCAUCCCUGCUUUUGUUCUGCAACGUCUCCCAGAAUAUUGGCCGGAGCCGGAAGAAUUCAGACCUGAGAGGUUCAGCAAAGAGAACAAGGAAACCCUUGACCCGUACACUUUCCUGCCCUUCGGAGCAGGUCCCCGGAACUGCAUUGGGAUGCGCUUUGCUCUCCUGGUUUUAAAAGUGGCCGUGGUGGUCCUGCUGCAGAAAUUCUCCUUCAGGACCUGCGAAGAGACGCCGAUUGCCUUGGAACUUAACAGCCAGCUCUUCGUGCAACCAAAGAAGCCGAUCAAACUGAAGUUCGUUCCCCGAAAGGCUGCUGGAUCGGAGGACUAGAGAAAUAGGAAACGGCAAGGCGGCCGAUGCCACAGCCCUCCUCCUGCCUCACAUCCUUGGGUCGCCUGCAUGAACAGAAGGACCAAAGUCUGCAAAUGGGGCACCAUGUUUUCCAACACUCCCCUCCACAUCACUAAGGACUAGUAACUUGAAGCAGCAGAAUUGAAAACAGGACAUUGUGAUUUUUGAUCUCAAGAAAAUCACUGAAAUCUUAUCCUCAUAGAUUAAAUGCAUAACUCUCUGCUGAGAUGUAAACCUAUUUAAUUAGAA